CUCCCUCCCCCCUAGCGGCCUGUGCUUCUCCCCAUCCUCCCAUUUGGCUUGUUGGAAGCUAAAAUACCCUCCCCGCCCUUCGGGGAACCUUCGAGGCAAUCGGUUGGCAGCGCCAGGAAACCACCCACGUCCGAUCUAUUCCCCCAAGGGAUCAGCAGUAACCCGCCGAAUCUACUGCCCUCCCUGAUUUCCAGUCAAAGCUGAAGGCACCGACCGAUCCUUUCUCCCUUGGCCUCCCAUCAGAUCUCUCGCUCUCAAGACAAAUCAUCAACAGGAAUAGAGAAGGAAGAAAAGUAUAGAAAGAAAAGAAAAGAAAGUGAAAGAUCUAUCAUACCACAGGUGAGUAAUAGUAGUAGCAGAAGCAGCACUAGUUUUUAUUUUUGGUUCCUCAGCAGCUCUUUCAGACCUCAAAGUCAAGAUGGAUUUCACACAUGGAAGAAGAGAUAGGUUUUACGGUGAGGAUGAUGAUUCCAAGCACCCACCUCUUGUUCCUUCUUCUUCUUCUUCUUCCUCCCCUUCCUCUUCCUCCACCGUGCUCCGAUGGUCCGGUGGAGCGUCGGGGAGCGGAGGGGGGAGCAGCAGCGAUGCUCCUUAUGUAGAGAAGGAGCACAUGUUUGACAAGGUGGUGACGCCGAGCGAUGUCGGCAAGCUCAACCGGCUGGUGAUCCCAAAGCAGCACGCCGAGAAGUACUUCCCGCUCGACAUGUCGGCCAACGGGAAGGGGAUGCUGUUGAGCUUCGAGGACCGGACGGGGAAGCCGUGGCGGUUCCGCUACUCCUACUGGAACAGCAGCCAGAGCUACGUGAUGACCAAGGGUUGGAGCCGCUUUGUCAAGGAGAAGAGGCUUGAUGCUGGGGAUACUGUCUCCUUCGGUCGAGGUGUCGGUGAAGCCGGCCGCGACCGCCUCUUUAUCGACUGGAGGCGGCGGCCUGAGGCUCAUGAUCCGCUGCGACAGCUGCCGCGCCUUCCCCUCCCCCUCCCGGGAGUGUCGCUGACCCGAUCGGUGAGCCCGUGGGGCGGCCGGCUCUUCGUCCCCCCAGCAGCAGCAGUGUACGACCACGGCCAUCAGGGGUACGGGUACAACGCUGCAUGCCCCAGCAGCGGGCAGCUUCUUUUCUUUAGGUCGGCAGCGGCAGGGCCGCCACAGAUUGGGGUGCAACCAGGCGGCGGAGGCAGCAGCGGGGAUGAAGUGGUGGCCGGCGUGCCAAUGGUUCUGGAUUCGGUGCCGCUCGUCCACAGUCAGGCAACAGCAAAGCGGGUCAGGCUAUUCGGGGUGGACCUCGACUGUCCUGAACCGGACGGCAGUGCCGUCGACGACAACGGUCUGCGUCUCAGCAUGCGCCGGAUGCAACCCCGUUCAACAGCCCCAGUUCCCCAGUGGUCCCAAGGUGGUGCCGAAUCUUCGAUGGCCUCCUCGCCCUCGCCGGGCAAGGAGAAGCAGUCACCGCUGGAUCUUGACAUGUGAAGGCUUCAAAGGAGGAAAAUGGGGAGGGAGGAAAUCAUCAUACCCCUCAUGAUCUCUAUACCUGGAAGUGGGAUGGACAUUGAACUGAAUGAGAGGAAGGUUCAAAGAUUCUUUCUUUUUAGCGCUUGGCUUGUUGGAGCAUGAGGAAUAAUUGGGAUACUUGGCAUGAGUGGGGUUGGGAAGAAAGGAAGGAAGCAUCCACAUUAAAUUUUCUUUUCCUUUUCCUUUUCCUUUUCCUUCUUUUAGAUUUCCUACUCCAACUGUAAAUAUAUUAUACGUAUAGAUCCCCCUUAUGCCCUACAUAGGAUAAACAUCUUCCAUCUGUGUAACCUACAUUAGUUUGGGGAUUUGCCCUUGUUCCGUCGCCUGCGUUGGUAUAAGCUCUCAAGCUUCGAUAUUUUUGCCUUCAGAUUACUCAUUGUUGUGCUGCUAGGUUGUUUCAGUCACAUCCUCCUCACAUAGCUCCAAAUCACUGGGCACGCCUUAAAGAGGACAGACAGUUAUGGAGCAAAAGAGAGUUCAAUUCUGAUUGCAUAGAUCUUAUGAAUUUAAUAAGAUGGCAAAGCUCUGGGCAGAUUUUAAUUCUGAAGAUAUAGAACUUAUAUAUCAAUGUGACAAGAUUUUCACGGCAAGGUUCUUGGCGGAGUUCAGUUCUGCAGAAAAGGUGGAAGUGGGUGGAGAAGCCUAGGCGACAAGCAAUCAGUAAAAGUACAGAUGGCGCACACAAUCCUUGUAUAUGUGAAUACAUCUAAUAGAAUCAGAAAACUGAGUCAGGAUAUAAGAGAUAUCAAUUGAAGCCAUGCCGCCAAAAUGAUCUGCAAUGAAGGAAGCCACCUAUUUUCUGGACACUUUCGAAACACUACUUUUUUAUUCUAUAUUCUCAUUUCCACAACUUUGCUUGAAACAAAUUGUUC